UUGCGCUUUCUCUGAGCGCGCCCCUGCCUGUCGUUUCGUUGGGCGGGUAUGAACUGAAACCGCGACUCCCAAUUUAACAUACUUUCCUUGUCUCUGUCAACACCACUCUUAGGUUUGCGCAACCCGCAACUCACAACCUGCAACGAACGAUACCCUUUUAGUUCUUGGGGAUUCCAGCCUGGUGCAAGAACUCCAAGUUUGCUUUCAUCGCAUUCAAUUCACUUGUUUUUAAUCAAUGGCCAUAGUCAAUCGCCAGCAAUAAACUCGACAUAUACAAGUCUAUAAUCACACGAAAUCUUGAAGACUUUCAGUUCCCGACGCGCGCCGACGCGCGCCGACAACGCUUCAAGUCUUUAGGGAUACCUUCUCUUCGAACGCAGGAACAUCACGAUGCCCCCCAGUCUGAAGGACAAAGGCGGUCGGCUUCUGGCUUUUGCCAAUGCUGGCCAGCGAACGAACGAAGCUCAAUCCGGGGUGGAUGUUAAGCCCACGAAGUCAGAACCACCACAAAAUGUUCCCACAGCUCCUAUACCUCGACCUACUAGCUACCCUCGGGAGAUCACGGGGCUCGGUGGUAGAAACACCGCGCCUCCAAAACAGAACUAUCCUUUCAGCCAACCACUGCAUCAUUCACCAGUGCGCUCAGCAGUAUCUUCUCCAAAUGGCCGGAUUAAAGCAGACUCAAGUGAUCGUCGGGUCGACAUCUUCUCUGGUUCGCAACUUGACGAAAACUUCAUGGAGUCUGGUCUUACGACUCCACAAAACGAGCCAUCCGAUUCCGUUAAGCUUGGGCCGGAGUUGACUCGUGAUCUUAAGAAGACCAUUCCGUCACACCGCCUCCCUGACCGCAAUCGAUUUCAUCGACCACCGCCGACAAGUGACUUAUUCAUUGUUGGUGACGAUCUUCGUAUGAACGUGGUCAGUCGGUCACAGCAACACAAUGUUGAUCAUAUGGGCGAUGGUUUCCAGGAUGAUGUAAACGUGAGGCAUGGAAAACUCAAUGGCCAGCACGGGCAUGGGCGAACUCGACCAGACUCCCCGGCACGACAGGACUCCAAAAUUCCCAUGCGUGAAGUGAGGAUUCGAAAGUCACAUUCCGGCCGAUCAGAGGCCUAUGACACGAACCAAGCAAGGAACAUAUCACCCAAACACCGUGAAACACAAUGGCAGACGCACUACAGAAAUGAGAGCUCCCGGCAGCCGACUGUCCACCAUUUGGAUGAUGCAGAUACUGAGUCUGCAUCUCAGGAGGAAGAACAUACAACGCCCAGGCCUAAGCCUGCCAAGCCGGUGGUUCAGAGAACUCUCUUGGAGAGCUCGAUGCCAGCUACGACAAACUUCAUGUCAAACACUAAUCGCUUGGACAGAAAGCGACGUCGUCCAAGCCCUGAGUACGACGAUGUGGCUCUUAACUCUAUGACAUUUGCCUCCCUUCGGCAGCAGCCUUUCGACUUUGAUCCUUCCAAAGAUGGGCAGAAGGGCACUGGAGUCAAUGCUGACAAUUUGGAAACCAAACUUGAGCAUUUUCGUCAUCUGGGUGAAAAGGAACAAAAUGACCUGUUUUCCAAUAUGUCGAUGGAAAAUUGGGAAACCUCGGGAGAAUGGUUUGUCAACAAGUUCAACGUACUCAUGCAAAAGUUGCUGGAUUCGAGAAGACAGAAGCGCAAAAUCAUUCAGGAGUUUGAACAAGAAGCAGCCAAUCGUGAAGAAGCUGUCCGUCUCAAGACACAGGCCAUUGACCGAAAGCUCUCUAAGAUGAAGCAGGACGGCCAGCGAGUGGUGGAGGAUAAGACUGCAUAGAUUAUGCGUGGCGUAUGGACAGAGUCGUUGGUUUUUUUUAUUUUUCCUGAAAUGAGUUUACGACCGAUAUGAUUGCAUUAUGCUGGAGUUGAGGCUGGUUUACUCGAUAUCGGGGCGUGAGAUAUCCGGGCGGUUCGCGAGGCACCUGGAGCAGAAAUGAGCUCACUUACACC